AUGUCAAUUGAUCUUUGCUUAAAGGAGAAGUUUGAUGCUGUCAAUACAAGUCCUUCUCUUAAAUGCGAAACAGCAACUUACGUCUUUGACUGGAGACCUGACGAGAAGAAAUUGAAAGAUAUUACUGACAUUCUUUCCAAGACGUCUGGCAAAUUUGAAAUACAGGAACCACUAGAAGAGGAGGUAGAGGAGAUAAAAGAACAACCUCAUGAUACAAAGGAAGAGAGAGUAGCAAGACUGGAGGAGAAAGAAACAGAAGGAGCAACACCUCAAUCAGUAAUUAAUCAAGGUAUACUAUCAACUGAUACAAGUGUGACAAUAAUUAAUAAACAAUUAAUAAAAGAAAUAAAAACAAACAAACAAUUAGAAGAAACACUAACAAAAAUGAGAGUAAAGGAAAUUCAACAACUUCUGUCUUUACCAAGAAAUACUAGUUCAGAAUCAUACAGAAUCAAAAGAGGAAUGAGAAUGGAAAUAGAACAAUUGCAAUUAUUAUUAACAAAUAAAACUGGUUUACUGGAUCAGAAUGAAUCAUUAAUAGAUAUUAAGAGAGAAAUAGCUGAACUACAAGAACAGAUAUCAGUAAUGAGUGUACAUAUACUAAAUAAAAGAGAAGAGAAUGAAAAAUAUAGAAAUAUAAUAAAAAUGAAUAAACCAACAGCAGAAUCUGUUUUUAUUGCUCGUUAUGACUAUCAUUCAAUGGAGAGUGAUGAAAUAUCAUUCAGUGAGGGAGAGCAGCUGGAAAUAUAUGAGAAGGAGAGUAGUUUUUGGUGGAAAGGAAGAUCUUUGGUGUCUGGUGAUAAAGGAUAUAUUCCUAGUAGUUGUGUUUACUCAAUGUUGGAGUCACUUCAAUUGUUAGAGUUUAUACUGUCAGUGGAAGAAGUGUCCCUUCCUAUUCUGCAUCUACAAAAGAUAAGGAAUGAUUCAUCUAGUAAUGAUGAGAAAGCUUUUCUUUUCUUGGAGACUAUUAAUGAUGAUCCUGUUAUGAUAUCUGCACUGAGACAAGACGUGGAACAACAUGAUAAAGGAGUCACUGGGAGUGUGAAAUGGGGCAGUGACAGGGUAUCCCUUAACUCUCCAUCUCCAGUUCAGUGUAAUGAAGUGAUUAGUAAUAUUAAUAAUAAUCAUGAGGUGAUUAGACAUGAAAACUCAUCUACUAAUAGUACAGUAUCUCUACUAUCAUCAACUAAACUACAUACACUAAACCUGAGGAGACUUGAGAUAUACUACACUCCAUUAACUAAUGAUUGUAUCCAGUACUUGUGUAUACUACUAACUAAUAAUAAAACAAUACAAGAACUAGAAAUCAAUGCCUUCUCCAUUAGUGAUAGAGGAGUUACUAAUGUCUGUCAAGCACUUAAACACAACUCUACACUUACCUCAUUAGAUCUUUAUUGUAAUCCUCUCAUCACUUCUACUAGUGGACAGGCUCUUUCUCACCUCCUCCUCAAUAACUCAUCACUAGUUGAACUGUAUUUAAGGAGGACUUCAUUGUCUACUGAGUCAAUACUACUCAUCCUCCAGUUUCUAAUGGAUAAUAAGAAUAUAAGGAGACUCAGGCUAGACUAUCGACACAAAGAGACUUGUAUUAAUACUUAUCCUAACUAUCACCUCAUACAAGACAGAGUAUACUGGUGGUAACUAAUCACUCUUCAUGUUAACUUUUUAAUACCAAGUCAGUUCAUCUUCACCAAUAAGCAACCAAUCAGAAUACACUACUUUACAUGAUAAAAGGUGGACCAGUGACACAUUAUAUUAUCAUAAAUCUAACACAUGAACAUCUCUUGAUCUCUCAUCAAUCUCUCUCUCUCUCCUUCUCCAGUAUAUACUGUACAUUCCUUCCCUUACUUACACAUACUCAUGUCACUGUCUCUCUCUUUGUUGUCAUCAUUUCUUUCUAUUUCCUUCUCCUUUAUUUCUAUCUCUCCCUCAGUCUUUAAUAACUUUUCUCUAGCUGACCUUCCUCCAUUUCAGCAAGUCAGUCUUGUUUCCGUUCUCAAUAUAUUUCUCUCAAAAAA